UGCAAAUCCACAAAGAGUUCAGUAGAGAGAACAUCAUCAUAACAGGGAGGUUAGGUUACAGCUCUCCAUCGCCAUGGCUGAAGACGAAGUAAACCCUAACAACACAGCUCUCUGCAGGAAGAUCCUCCUAGUCCUCAACUGCAUCAUCCUCUCCAUUGGGACAACUGGUGGGCCUCUUGUCAUGCGCCUCUACUUCAUCCACGGUGGCGAGCGAGUUUGGCUCUUAAGCUGGCUCGAGACGGCCGCCUGGCCUAUCAUCAUGGCCCCCCUUGCCAUCUCCUACACCUAUCGCCGCCGUCGAUGGGCCGCCGCUACUGCCAAGGGGGGCAGCACCUGGCCUCCCCCAAGGCGUGUCCUGAUGAAGCCCUUCCUAUUCGUCGCCUCCGCCGUUGUUGGAGUUCUCACAGGAGUUGACAACUACCUGUAUGCCUAUGGUAAUGCCCGACUCCCCGUCUCCACUUCGUCCCUCAUCAUCGCCAGCCAGCUCGCAUUCACUGCCGGCUUCGCAUUCCUCCUCGUGAAGCAGAGGUUUACUUCCUACUCAAUAAACUCGGUGUUCCUGCUGACACUUGCGGCAGUGGUGCUGGCGCUUCACGCAGGAAGUGACAGGCCGGAGGGGGAGUCGGACAGGGAUUACAUGCUGGGGUUUGUGAUGACGGUGGUGGCAGCGGCUCUUUAUGGCUUCUUACUGCCGCUGGUGGAGCUAAGCUACAAGAAGGGUAAGCAGGCCAUAACCUAUUCGCUGGUGUUGGAGUAUCAGCUUGUCAUGUGCUGCUUCGCCACAGCUUUCUCCACAGUGGGCAUGCUUAUCAACAAAGACUUUCAGGUAAUUCCAAGAGAAGCAAAGGAAUUUGGACUUGGAGAGUUCAAGUACUACACGGUACUGGUGUGCAGUGCCAUCGUAUGGCAGUGCUUCUUCCUAGGAACCAUAGGAGUAAUCUUCUGUGCCUCCUCCUUGUCCUCUGGAGUUGUCGUCGCGGUUAUGCUCCCCGUAACCGAAAUUCUCGCUGUCAUCUUCUUCAAGGAGAAGUUCAGUGCCGAAAAGGGAGUCUCGCUCGUCCUAUCUCUCUGGGGACUUAUUUCGUACUUUUAUAAAGAGAUCAAGCACAUCAAGAAGAUGAACCUCAACCAGAGCCGGAAUCAAGAUCAAAAUCAGCCACCCCCUCAAGAGGUGGAAAUGAACGGACAAUCUCUCCCUUAGGCCUUGCUCGGUUGAGAGUUAUAGUGGGUUAUGGAGGGGACAAUCACCAAAACCAUAAACCCAGACAGUGAUUGGAGAUGCAGUGGUGAUUUUACGUGGUUUACCUUUUAAAAUGCAACUCAAUUUGGCAUAUAUAUCGUUCCUCUGUGAAAUGGCAAUAAUUACAUCACAAUAUUUGGUUUAAA